GGGGAGUAGGUUAGUGAAAGAAGUUGUUUGACUCAGUUGCUGACCAUAUGCAAGAACAAAGAAUGCAUUUGCACGACCACUGAUCGGACAUGACAGAAUGAAAAGGUGAAAGCAACAAGUUCUCAAGACUGUUGCAUAGGACAGCAAAGUCAAAAUGGAGAAUAAACUUUUUGCGGUUGAUGCCAAAGGGAAUGAGAAAGAACAUUAUGACAUGAGUGAUACUACGUCCAGGGCCAUGGGUAACUCAGGUUUCCCAUUGAAAAAUGUGACACCUCAUCUGACAAUUGCAUUGGUUGGUGACGUUGAUGCAGUGACGAUUGGAACAGAAAAUCUGCUUCUUUACCAAGACGACCUCUAUAAUGAAGUAGAUGAAUAUUCACAGAUUGCAUCAAGACUUUAUGACUUAUCAGGACGACACAUCUCUGUCAUCAAUAUGUUGGGCCUUAAUGGUGUAGACUUUGAAAAAGCACUGCAAAAACACUUUUGCAGUCAACUUAAGAGAAAUAACCAGGACGUCAAUGCUUUCCUCUUACUUAAACCACUGGGUCAGCAUACCAGUACUGACAGAACUGGACCAGAAAGACUUCAAGAAAUACUUGGUGAAAGAUAUACUGAGUGUGCAGUGAGUCUUUUCACAUAUGAGAAUGUUAAGGAACGAGAGACACUGAUUGAUGAUCUGAAGGGGAAACGUGCUUUCAUAGAGCUGAUGGAAAAAUAUGGAGGCCGGUAUCACAUCUGUAACAAGCUUAUGAAUGAUCCAACGGAAAUGUUGUCAUUGGUUGAGAAGAUCAAUUUAUUGGUAUCUGAAAACAAACUGCAUGGCUACACUGUAAAGAUGUAUGAGGACGAGAUACAACGGAGACAAGAGCAUCUGAAGGCAAAGGCGAAACACCACAAAGGACAAAGUCUUGAACAAACUGAAUCAGGUGAGACAGAGUGUGUUGGUGGAAACGUGUGUGUGGGAGAAGACAAGAAGCAGCAUUUUCUUGAAGGAAAACCACAUACAGAAGAUUCAACAGAAAAUAAACUGUCAAUUUGUGUUGAAGUAGGGGAGCUCCUGAGCAGGCUUAACCUUCUACGUAGGUAUGAAGACAAACUUACAAUGGCAGAUGUACUGGUCAUCAACCCAUCCUCACCCCGGCAACAAGAGACACUGACAGAAAAAGAACUUGUUUGGAUUUUUCUUCAGAAGAUAUUGGCAAUGGACUACACAUGUAGAAGUACUAUGGUGAAAGAGUCUAGUGAUCACACCCAUGUAGAGGACAGUUCUUUUGAUGACUUCUUUGAAGAAAACACAACCACUGCAGACAGUGGAAACCUGCAAUCUCAUGUUCAUCCAAUGGACCUGCAAAUGGCAGUGUUUCAUUGCUCAGAUACCUUUCUCCAGCAGUACAUAGUUUCAAAGUUGUCACUGUGCCAGUAUGCUUUGCCUUUUCUUGUGCCAAAUCUGAUUACCAAAGAAAUUGAAUGCCCUUUAUGGGCAUUCAGGCAGAUUAAAAAAAGCUGGAAGUCAACUGAUGAUUCAAACACAACUACCAGCAAAAGUAUGCCAAUUUCCCAAGCAAAGACACCAAUGGUGGCAGUCUUUAGACUUGGCUCCAUCCCCACUUCUAAAUCUCAGCUGCUGAGCAACUUGAUGAAUCCUCGCCAUAGCACUUUCUUUCAUAGGAACUGCCCGGGUAGCACCAAAAGCAGUCUCCUGAUGAAUGGUGUUGUGGAGAUAGCCUGGUACUGCCCUUCUGGACAGCCCACUGAUGCUUUCAAUGACUGUGUUGCUUUCUGCAAUCUCCAUGGUGAUGCUGUAGCGAAUGAAAAGCAUCGUAAUAUUCUGAGUGAGAGUGCCUCUGUCAACAUUGUUCUCAUAACAAGUCCAGGGAAAGAUGAAAAAACAAAGGCCGUUUUGCAGAAGCUUUUCAAGUCUAAUAAACCUCUCAUUUGUCUUUUCACUGAUGAAAACACUCCUGCCACUGCCAUGAAGGGAAAGUACAAAAUGGGAUUGAGAGACCUAAGUCAGGCCGAUGUAUCUGAGGCAUUGCAGAAGAUUAUAAGAGAAAGUUUGUCUGGAUCUUCAUGUACCUUCCAACUUCAGGAAAUGGUCAAGAACACUGAAGUCCAAGUGAAUGAGAACUAUGAGGACUGCCUAACAGGGAAGAAUGCUGCACUGAGUAUGAAAGGACUUAUCAAAGGAAUCCAGCUUUCAACCAUCAAACAAAAUACCCUGCCAUGUCAAGGAGAACUCUGGCACAAGUGGUGUGACAAAAAUAAAGAGCUCUACCGCCUUACAGGAAACAUUGAGAUGGAAAAUAGCAGGAUACAAAAGGAAAUGAAGCAAAUUCGAAAAGAACAAAAGAAGUGUGCUUUCAGUGAAUACCUGCAGCUGUUUGUUGCUAAUUUGCAGUCUCUGACUGGGAGAGAAAGAUUGUUUUUUCUCAAGUGGGUAGGGAUCCAGUUGGAUGAGCUCUCAUCAAAUGAGCUUUCACAUAUUCAUCACAAAUAUAAUGAAAAGUGGUCCGAAGUCCUGAAUUUGAAGAAGAAACAUGUUAAAACAGAACAACUGGCAAACCAACAAAAGGAACUGGAAAAUAUUUCAGUGGAACUGCUUGCUGCAACUUUCGGCCUUGAGCACCUCUUCAGGGAAAUAGGGCAGAUUUACGAGGCCUAUGCAUCUUUAGGAAACGCUGAAGUGGUAUGUAACCUUCCUGAACUGGCUGCAGAACUCAUGAUAUCAGGACAUCCUGUUGAGCUGAUGGAUGGUGAUGCUGCUCAUGUACCCCUAACAUGGAUCAAAAGUGUUCUGGAUCAGGUCAUCAAAAAACUGGGUGAUCAGAGAGUCUUUGUUCUAUCUGUGUUAGGCAUUCAAAGCACUGGUAAAUCUACCAUGCUGAAUGCUAUGUUUGGACUGCAGUUUGCUGUCAGUGCUGGAAGGUGUACCAGAGGGGCAUUCAUGCAGUUGAUGAAAGUAGCUGAUGAUAAAAGAGCAGAAUUGAAAAUUGACUUUGUUGUUGUCAUCGACACGGAGGGACUUCGAGCUCUUGAGCUGGUGGGCAGGGCAACCCUCCACCAUGACAAUGAGCUAGCCACCUUUGUCAUUGGCCUUGGAAACAUGACCUUGAUUAACAUCUUUGGGGAGAAUCCUGCUGAGAUGCAGGACAUCAUUCAGAUAGCUGUCCAGGCCUUCAUGAGGAUGAAGAAGGUGAAUUUAUCUCCCAGUUGUGUGUUUGUACAUCAGAAUGUUGGAGAUAUAGCUGCAGGGGAGCAAAACAUGGAGGGGAAAAGGCGCCUACAAGAGAAACUGGAUGAAAUGACUCAGCUAGCAGCCAAAGAAGAGGUAUGUAAUGUCGAGUGCUUCAGUGACGUCAUUGCAUUCGACAUUCAAAGAGAUGUAAAAUACUUUGCCCAGCUUUGGGAGGGAAGCCCACCCAUGGCCCCACCAAAUCCUAGGUAUAGUAGGGAUGUUCUGGAGCUUAAGGACUUGAUCAUCUCAAAAGCAUCACAAUCAGGUGGCAUCACCCUCUCGCAGUUCCAAAGCAGCAUCCAAGACUUGUGGGAUGCACUGCUAAAUGAGAAGUUUGUUUUUAGCUUCAAAAACACAAAAGAAAUAGCAGUGCACAGGAAACUUGAGACCGAAUAUGGAAAAUGGACCUGGGAACUUAGAUGUGCCAUGCUUGAAGUUGAAAACACAAUAUGCCAAAAGAUUGAAAACGGAAAAUUGACCAUGGUUGAGGAAAAUAUCUUUGCUGCUUUGGGCAAGAAUCACAAAAAUGUGAUUAUAGCAAUGGAAAAGUACUUCAGUGAAGACAGUGACAAAGAGAUCCUAAUACAAUGGAAAGGGAGAUUUGAAGAUAAUAUCAAGUCACUUAUCAACGACCUUGUUAAAGUGACCACAAAAAAGCUAGAGGGAGUUAUAGAACAGAAGAAGGCUUUGAAGAUGUUAGAGGAGAAGAAGAUGGACUAUGAAGACAAACUAUUUCAAAAGAGCAAAGAACUUGCUUUGGAUAUAAAAGGAAAGGAAAUGGGGAAAAAACAGCAAGAAACUGCAUUUGAUGAAUUAUGGGAAAAAUGGGUAAUCGAUUUAACCAAAAACACACAGCCCAUUCAAGAGAUUGACAUGGCACAUGAAGUGACCAAAAUCCUCACUGAAAUCCAUGAACCUUCAUUAGUAUAUGACCGGAUAUAUGCUCAAGAGUUUCCUCACAUUCGCAAAUUGGGUGACUACACCAACUACUUGCAAACAUUCCAAAGGAAAACACAUUUUGCGAAGUUGGACAACCUAAUGGAAAAAGUGACAGCAACUUUAUUCUUAGCAUCAGAAGAUCAAGAUGCCAUUAGAGUAUUGAUCCAAAGAAUCAUGAAGGAUUCUGAAAAAAAGGUCCUGAGCAAGCCAAUUAGCACAAGUAUAUAUAGCAGCGGCUAUAGCAGCAGUUACAUGCAAGAAAUUGUGCGUCACGUCCGAGAUGAAGUUCUGGAUUUUCAAUCAAAUGUUACGAAAUAUGUCUUCAGGAAGGAGUUUAUUGUGGAUCUAUCCCUCUUUGUGUGUAAACAAGUUGAGGUAACAUUUUCUGCACUCCACAGGGAAUUCAUAAAUCGUAAGGCGGCUCAUGUUCAACUUCAGGCCAAGAAAUCAGAAUACUACGGUGUUUUUCAGAAAUACCUGCAAGGUGCAAAUUCAACAACUGUGCUUAGUGAGCUCAUUUGUAAUAAACUGAAUGCAUCUAUUUCCCAUGCUAUCUAUGAACAAGCUACCAUUGAUUUGGCAACAGAUAUGAGGGCCUGUUUACCAGAACUGUGUGGAAACAGAUCUAACUUGGAAAAACACAUCCUGAAGUCACUUGCAGACGAGGAAAACUUUGAUAUGUUCAUGGAAUAUGUGCACUAUCCAAGGGAGCAUUUUGAGAAGUUCAUCAAAGAAACGGUUAAGAAGUAUGUCAACACACAAAAUCAUCCUAAAGUAACCACCCUGAUCAAGAAGACUUUAGAGCACAAAAAGAAAGAUGUAGUAUGUGCAAUGGCAUCUGCCACCACAAAGGUUACAAAAAACAAAUCUAAAGAAAAAGUUAAACAAUGGAUCACAAGCUUGUCGGAUGAACUCUCCGAUAAACUUAAGUUUACAGACACUUUCCCAAAUGAGGCUAAAACCGAAGACAUUACUGAUUUUGAUUUCCUAGAGCAGCUCAUUCAGAAAGGUCUUGCUACCAUCACCAAAGAGUUUGAAACAAGCCUUGAAGAUACAAGUCUUCUAAAGAAGGAGCUACUUAAACGGAGACCUGAGGAGAGUCUUAUUGAACACCUUUGUCAGUGCUGCUGGGUCAAGUGUCCCUUCUGUCAGGCCUGCUGUACAAAUACCAUUGAGGGACAUUCAACAGAUCAUAGUAUCCCUUUCCAUCGUGCCAGUGGAGUAUGUGGGGUAAAUUUUUAUCAAACAGAUGACCUUGCUGUUGAUUUUUGUCAGACUGUUGUGGCAAGUGAUCGGAGUUUUCGCGUCUUGGAUGAAUCUUUUCUCUACAAAGAAUAUCGCACGGGUGGUCCCGAUCUGUCUUGCUGGAGCAUUACAGCUGACUUAUCUGAGCUGCCUUACUGGAAGUGGUUCAUCUGCAGAUUUAAAAGUGACUUGGAGAAGCAUUACAAAAAGAAGUUCCAGGGUAGUGGAACAAUUCCUGAGGAAUGGUUCAAAUUUGGAAAAAAAGAUGCAAUUGCAGCCCUUGAAAAAUACAUAUGAAAACAAGUGGAUUAUCCAUGAAAAAUGAAGCAUCUUGUUCCUAAAGUCAAAAAGCUUCAUAUUCAUUGAAUUGAAAAUGUUCCUUUUAUUUUGGUUUCAAGUACUACAGUAUGUUUUUGUCUGUUAUAGUAAGUUUCCAUUAAAAAACUUGGGAUUUUAGAAUAAAGCAAUAAGAACAUGUAAUAUGUUGUUUGAGUUUGAAUAUGCUUUAUUUCCUGGUCAUGUAAUUAACAAAUAAUUAGCAGAUCAAUAUAACUUGUGAAUAAAUGUUAUGUAUCAUGGUUAAACUUUGUAAAUGUCUUGUCUUCUUUAAUAUAGCAUUAACAUAAUCUAAUCUGAGUGUAUUGCUAU